GAACUGAAGGAGCUGAAUUGAGCAACCAAGAGAGGUGAUGUGUUUUGUUUUUUUUCAUUGAUAGUCAACUGUUACAUGCUUUAGAGAGGUAAAGAGGGAUGAUUAUGAAAAGACCAGCUGAAAAACUGAUGACCUUGAGAACCCAGUUUAAUAUUGUUGUAGACAGAAGGCAGAUUGAAAGGGGGUAGAGAAGUAUAAACCACUCUUCUGGAAGUUCCACGGUGACAGGAAAGAGAAUCAUGUUUUGAAAUAUCAGGGUCAAAAUGGGGAUUCUUUUAGAAUAGGAGAAAUUAACCUUUUUUUAGAUGGAUACAAGUGGUUAAUGGAGAGGAAAUCAUUGAAGUUAGAGAAGAUCUUCAAAUCAUAGAACACAACAGGUUAUUUUGCCCAACCACUUUACUUUACACCCUAUGAAACAUUCCCAGAGAGAAGCAAAAUGUAUGUAAGGUCGAACUGCUAGUUGGGGUCAGAAAUAGGAGUAGAACCCUGGUGCGUUCCCCCCCCGGCCUGGCCCCCACCCCUGCCCUCCGCUCCUUCAAGGUCUUCUAGGAGAUGUGAUGAAGGGCACAGGUGAGAAGAGUUUAGUUUUAUUUAAAUGCAUCAGCAUUUCCUCUGAGACUUGAAAGACUAAGUUGAGAGAGCUGGGGAUGGGGGGAAAAACUGCUGUAAAAUAGGAGUGAAGGUCAUUACUGAUAAUUUCAGUGUUGGAAGAUAUUACUAAUCUUACUAAUAAAAGGAACAUUGUGUGUGUGUGUUUUUAAGGAAAUGAUACCACAAACAAUGGAUGUAUGUGUGUGAAAAAAAUAAACUUGGUGGGACUGGGGAAAACAUCCUGUACCCCUCUCAGCCAGAAGAUGGGCAGAGAAGACAAAACUUGGAGUAUCUUGUGUAGGCUGAAAAUUCCAACUUCCAGGAGGCGUUUUCUGUGGUCUACCAAGGUCAUGUGAAACUCAACUCCCAGCAACUAUUUGUUCCCCAUCGAUAUGCAAAUCUGUUCCCCUCCUUUCCUUCUCCCUUUUGGCUUCCUUCCUCACUUCCCCCUCCCCCUUCCCAGCCUGACAGUCCAGAUUUUCCAGCCGACUGCUAGAGCUGACUUCCUCAAACUUUUUGGGAUAAAACUAGCAUCCAUAAUCGUCCACUCAACUCCACAAACGCCAGUGCAUGCCUCUCCAGACCAGAGAAUAAGCCAUCAUCAGGAUGUGGGGGUUCAACAUCCUAUUGCUGCUGUUGCCAUCAGUGGUGAGUUCUACUUUGUACCCAGAGGAAAUGUUAGAUACACAGUGGAAGCUGUGGAAGGACUCCUACGGAAAAGAAUAUAAUAGCAAGGUGGAUGAAAUCUCUCGACGUCUGAUUUGGGAGAAGAACCUGAAAUACAUUUCUACCCACAACCUGGAAUUCUCUCUUGGCCUUCAUACAUUUGAGCUGGCUAUGAACCACCUAGGAGACAUGACCAGUGAGGAGGUAGUACAGAAGAUGACUGGACUGAAGGUACCCCUGUCUCGAUCCCAGAACAAUGACACCCUCUAUUUUCCUGACUGGGAGGCCAGAACUCCUGAUUCCAUCGACUACAGAAAAAAAGGAUAUGUCACACCUGUCAAAAAUCAGGGUCAGUGUGGCUCCUGCUGGGCCUUCAGUUCAGUGGGUGCCUUGGAAGGCCAGCUCAAGAAGAAGACUGGUAAACUACUCAACCUGAGCCCCCAGAACCUUGUGGACUGUGUGUCUAAAAAUGAUGGCUGUGGUGGGGGCUACAUGACCAAUGCCUUCCAGUAUGUGCAGGAGAACCGAGGCAUAGACUCUGAAGAUGCUUACCCUUACAUCGGAGAGGAUGAAAGUUGCAUGUACAACCCUACUGGUAAAGCAGCAAAAUGCCGGGGUUACCGAGAGAUCCCUGAGGGGAGUGAGAAAGCCUUGAAGAGGGCAGUGGCCAGAGUGGGACCUGUUGCUGUUGCAAUUGAUGCAAGCCUGUCUUCUUUCCAAUUCUAUAGCAAAGGUGUGUAUUAUGAUGAGAACUGCAAUAGCGAUAAUCUCAACCAUGCAGUGCUGGCUGUGGGAUAUGGAAUUCAAAGGGGGACCAAGCACUGGAUCAUCAAAAACAGCUGGGGAGAGCAGUGGGGCAACAAAGGUUACAUCCUGAUGGCUCGGAACAAGAACAACGCCUGUGGUAUCGCCAACCUGGCCAGCUUCCCCAAGAUGUGAUCCUGGCCAUCCGACUUCCCACCUUUCUUUCCACCCUCCUUCAGCUUGUGCAAGGGGGUGGGGAUGCACUUUGGAAAGUCUCUCUUGGAACCAACUUGGUGGUUUGCAGAAGGUUCACCUACAUCUUACCUUUCAGUUUUACAAAGUGCCCUUCAGAUGACAUCUUCCUCCUCCUCCUCCUCCUCCUCCUCCUCUCCUCAACCCCUACUUCUACUCAUCUUCCUUUGAAAAUUUAGGGCCAAGUUUGAGAUUCCGGGGGUAGCUCAGAAACCCAUAUACAUGCCUGAGGUCUGUGAGGUAUGGACAGCAUGUCAUUGUUAGGGCAGUUUGCCCUGGUGCUACUGCUGUGCUGAUGUGAGGAGAGCUUGAAGAUCCUCAAAACAGAGCAGAUGCUCAUCCAGCCAGAACAAGUUAGCCCUUUUCCUGCCUGGAGGCAGAGACGUGGACAAUAACAUGGAAUCGUCUCAAUCUAGCUUUCAGGGUUCCUUCCAUCCAGGUCUGUGAGUGUCCACAGUCUUUUCCUCAUCCUCAAAAGUGAGAGUUGCCUGUUUUCCAUUUUAUUCCACAAAAUUAUGAUUUGCUUAUUUUGUAGUAAGUUUAGAUUAUACUAGAAAUGUAUAUUUUCCCCUCCCUGCUUAUAUAUUUUGAAAUAAACUGAAUACUGAUCACUUA